AGCUCCUAGAGGGACGCGUUGUGAGGUCCCUUCUCAGCCAGGAGCCGGGGCUCCUGUGGGCUGGGGCCUCACCGCUGUCCCAGUUCCCUCCCUGCUGCCCCUGGACUGUGCUGUCCUGGCCGGCAGGGAGGUAGCUCUGUCGCCAGUGUCCCCUGGGUGAGAGCGCUGAGUCCUCAGUGACGGCUUCACUGAGAUGUGAGUCGCACGCCCUCGGGUCACCCUUGGAAACAGCUGCUUUAUCACCGGUCCCCUGGGAACAGUCCCUCCCCAGACCCACCCUUAGGCACGCGCUGUCUCCUGUCCCUGUGGAUGCACAUGGGCUCUGGGUAUUUCACAACAGCGGUCACCCAGGGUGUGGCCUUCAUGUCACUUGAUGUCAUGGCACCAAGGUUCCUCCACACCGUACCUUGUGUCAGUGCUUUGUUCCUUUUCUUGGCUGAAUAAUACUCUACUGUGCAGUUGGGCGUCGUAGUGUACACUUGUCACUCAGAGGUGGCUGAGGCAGGAGGUUCGACACAAGUUUAAGGCCAGCCUGGACUGCAUAGUGAGUUCAAGGCCAGCCUGAGCUGCAUGCCACUAGGUGGUGCUGUGGCUUGGGUAUGGUGUUCGUGGGUCCCCAAAGGCUCCUGUGUUGAGACUUGGUCCCCCUGUGGUGUGCGAGGUAGCCAUGGAAGAAGAGGCCCUGCAGGUGUGAGCAGUCCCGUGUGGAUCAGUGCUGGUCCCGGGGCACUUGUCCUGGAGUGAGGCUCCCCGGCCUGAGGGACACCUGGUGGUGGUACGGGCACGCCCAACACCUUCCCCUUCCCCAGACAGCUCCCGCCCACCAUCCCAGGCAGGACAGGCCAGCCUCCUUCCCACAGGCCCACUCGGGGCUGCAAGGCCUCCAGGGACCCGACCUGUCCCCGCCUGGCUGGCAUCAGGCAGCGUAUCCCCGGCACCCCAUUCCCCACCCGCACCCCGGCAGCGUCCUUCCUCUGCAGCUGUGGUGGGGACAGGAGGGGCAGGGACUGGCGCCCCUUUCUGGGAAGUGGACCUGAGCAUGGGAGCCCCAGCCCCCAGGGCUGGGCAGCCAGGCCGAGCUGCAGUUCCCAGGACUCAGCCCCGCAGGCAGCCACCCCCCUCCCUGGUAGACUUCCUCCCCACGGCAUCGGGAGCCUGGGGCCUGUGCUGGGUGGGGCGUCCCUCCUGUUGGCCUGGUUUUUCCUUUGUGCAGCACUGGGCACUGAACCCAGCACCUUCACUUUGAGCUAUGUCCCAACCCUUUGUAUUUUUUAUUUAAGGCGGUUUUGCUAAAUCCCUAAAUUGCUGACGCUUGCGACCCCCAUGCCUCAGCCUCCCAGAAUGCUGGGGUCACAGUUGUGCACCCCUGUGCCUACUUCCUGUUGUCGCAGGGGACAAAGAAAUGUGCUAUCCUGCCCAAGCCAGGAGGGGGAAGUGAGGCCCAGAGACGCAGAGCAGCUCCUGCGAGGCCACCCAGCCGGGUCUGCCCGUCCCUUGCUUGGGUCCCGUGGAUGCACGGCCCUUCCCCCCGUGGGGCGCAGCUGGGUGUGACAGACAGGGUGUGGCCGCCACAGGAAGCCGCCUGCAGCCCUGGCCCUGCACCACCUCGGCCGAGGGGCCAGGGCCCCACACUUCCGUCAGUUAGAAUGGGAAGAAAAGGGGACCAGACCACGCAGCUGCCAGUCUUGGUGCUGCCCGACGGGUGCUGGCAUCAGAGCACACUGCAGGCGCCAGGCCCACGGCCCACCCCAACCAUGGGUGCCCACCCGCCCUCGGUGGCCCGGCCACUUAUGGGCAUCUCAAGACAGCCACCCCUCCCAGCAGCCGCUCAGGUGCCACAGGCAGGUGGCUCUCUCAGCCCCGCGGCUGCAAUUGGCCGUCACUGCUCAAACCAGGAACAGUGGGGGACAGCACCGCCCCAAGACAGUGACGUGCAGACCCUGAAGAGAAACUCGCACCUGCAGCACAGCCAGCACCCUGGCCCCGGGCCCCGGGGACGUGUCCCCAGGUACGUGUCCCCCUGACAUGGCCCCGGAGCCCCAGCCUGGCCAGAUAGGCAGGCCUGGGCCACGAGGGCGCAGGGGCCAGGUGGGGAGGAGCCUGGGGUCCCAGGGGAGGGGACCCUGGCAGGUAGGGCUGCUGGGCUUGCAGGGGCAGCGUCUGCACAGCGUAUGAGAGGCCUGGGUUCUCCAGCUCCACGAGGGAUCAAAAUCUAAAAAUUAAAUCUAAAAACAAGAAAACAGCUCUGCAGGGACAGGGCACCCAGGUGGGUGGAGGAAGCACUGCGAAGGUGCAGGAACACAGCUGGGUCAGGCCGGGCUGGGGGAUCGGGCCAGGGCGGGGGCCAGAAGGUGGUGAGUCCCUUCCUCCUUACCCUUGCUCGGUACUCACCCCUAGUUACCAGUUGCUAGUUACCCAUCGCUAGUUACCUGUAAUUAGUUACUGGUUGCUAGUUACCAUUGCUAUUUACCCCAAAGUUAUCCACCUAGUUUACCCCUUGCAAUUACCCGCUGCUAGUUACCCAUCAAUGGUUAUACGCCCUUCCAACUUCCUCCAGGCCCAGCCAAGCCCAGGAAUCCAGGAUCAGGGUGGGGGCCCAGCAAGCCCUCUGUGGUGGAGACAGCAAAGACACCCCAUUUCCACGGGGUCAUGGCUGGGCCGGGGGGGCAACCGUGGGACAAUGAGGGAUGGGGAAAGUGCCAGGGCUUCAUCUGGGGAAGUGGUGGACAGGCUGCCUGGAGGGGGGCACAUUUGUACUGAGUUUUAAAGGGUCUGUAGGAGUUUUCCAAGGUGGGAAAAAGAAUAAGCUUAGAAACAAGCCAAGCCAGUCAUGACUAGGGUUCCUGUAAACUGAACAGUCAGACGUGGCUAUAGAGAGGUGUGUCAUUGAGGCCCGGGUAUACGGUCUGAGAAAUGUCGCCAGGCGACUGUCACCGUGCCAGUGUGGUAGCAGGCAUUUGCACACACUGAGGUGAGCCAGCCAGCUCCGCGGCCCAGCUGUCGCUUCCAGGCUCCGGGCCUGCCCGGUGCGUUGGUGCCACAGGCGCUGGGGUGCCACUGCACUGAACGCUGGCCCUGAGUUCAUCCCAGCACCCGCUGCCAAACAACGAAAACAGAAACCCUUCCCGGUGACAUGACUGGGCCCAAACUGCAGCCAAACUCUAGGCAUCGGAACAGGCCCCAGGGCAGCCCCGGCCACCUGCCCUGGGCCGGGUCCUGGUGGGGACAGCACCUGCUGGUGUCAGGGGACAGGUCCUGUCUGCUUCAGGAUUCCUGCAGCGCAGGCCCUGCCCCCUGCUCCCCUGAUGCAGGAAGGCAGUGCUGACCACGGGGACCCUGUGAAGGUCUGGGGGGAUGCGGCUGGGUGGGCUGGGCACAGGGCCCCUGCGGGGUCAGAGCCAAGGGUGGCACCAGGUCCGCAGGGCACUGUCUUGUGUCUGGGUUGGCAUCACGUCAGCACUGCUCACAGUUACUGUGCUUUCUUGUCCCCAGCCCCAUCACUGGUCACACAGCCCAGCCUCAGCUGGAGCUGAAAGCACUCUGGGAGGCUGAGGCAGGAGGAUGCAAGCUCCCGCCCAGCCCAGGGGACUUGGCCACCUAGUGAGACCCUGUCUCCGAAUAGAAAGGGAAAGGGCUGGGGUGGAGCUCAGGGCCAAGGCCCCAGGCUGCAGCCCAGGGCUGCACAGAAGAGUAAGGGGGGCCUCCGGCCAUGCCUGCCUCCCUCCCUGCCUCCCCAGUGCCCUCGCUCCCUGGAAGCCAUGGCAGGGCCUGAGAGGCUGCCCCCGCCACUGCCUCCUCGCCUGGACUGGUUUGUGCAGACCCAGAUGGGCCAGCUCGCCCAGGAUGGCGUCCCCGAGUGGUUCCACGGCGCCAUCUCCCGAGGGGAUGCCGAGAACUUGCUGGAGUCGCAGCCACCGGGAUCCUUCCUCAUCCGGGUUAGCCACAGCCACGUGGGCUACACCUUAUCCUACAGGGUGCAGGGCCGCUGCCACCACGCUAUGGUGACUCUGCAGGACGACGGCCGCCUGGUGCUGCUGGGGGACGACGCGGUCCACGCCUCGCUGUGCGCCCUGGUGGCCUUCUACCAGCGCAGGCCCCUGCGGCCGCACGGGCAGCUGCUCACGCAGGGCUGCGGGCAGAAGGAUCCGGCCACCGUGGACUACGAGGACCUCCUGCGCUACGCUGCCGCCCUGGCCCAGGACACCACCAGCCCAGAGCCCAGCCCUGAAGAGCAUGAAGGGCCCUGCUCAUGCCCAGAGGGUCCUCCAAAGCCCGCCCUGCUCCACCAGCUGAAGGAAAAGGAGGUGUCUACAGAGGAAGUCCCCUCCUCCUGCUCUCCAAGGGUGCCUUUGCGGGGGGCUGGCCCAAAACUCUGGAAGAACCUCAGGGCGCUGCCCGAGACGGGCCGGAGGGUCCAACAGCAGCUGAAAGGCUGCCUCGCAGCUGUGAGCCUCGCGUCGCUCUGGGAUGCACGGCCAUCAGCGGUGACCCACAGCUCCAAGGCCAGGGCCCCUUUUGUGGCCACAUCCCUGGAGAACCCCCCACAGCGCCAGGUCCUGAGCGACAGGGACACCGCCUCCAGGAAGGCCACCAGGCCUACCAGCUGGAGCGGGGCGACCCCAGGGGAGCGGGGCUGGCACCAGAAGGUCGUGAGGGCUCUGUCCUUCCAGCCAUCCGAGCCGAAGCCGAGGGACUGGCUCCCCGAGGAGUACCUGCAGCCCCCACCCUUUGCACCCGGGUACUGCUAGGGGCUCACCAGCCGGGAGCCUGGAGGACUCUCACUGCCAGGUGGCCACGCCCCGCGCUUGCCCUGCAGGACCCAGGGAUGGGGUGCAGGGCGUGGGGUCUGAUCCCGCUGGGCUGGUGACCAUCAGUGUCACAGCGGUGGGGGUCCGCUCCCUGCCCAGCCCAGCCCGGCCAGACCUUCCUUGUUGGCCACCACUGCCCUUGGUACCCACAGUUCUGAACUGUGGGUUCAACCGCCCUGCGUGGAAAACGGUCCCUGAAAACUUCGCACAGGCUGGGUGUGGCGGAGUGGGUCUGUUGCCCCAGCACUCUGAAGCAGGAGAAUCUCCCAGAGUUCGAGGCCAGCCUGGACCACACAGCGGACCCUGCCCCAGAAAACCAAAAAAUAAAACUAAAACCUUUGCGAGUGUG